AAAUCCCCCUCUCUGCCCCCGCGACAUGGGUCACCCGCCGCUGCUGCCGCUGCUGCUGCUGCUCCACACCUGCGUCCCAGCCUCUUGGGGCCUGCGGUGCAUGCAGUGUAAGACCAACGGGGAUUGCCGUGUGGAAGAGUGCGCCCUGGGACAGGACCUCUGCAGGACCACGAUCGUGCGCAUGUGGGAAGAAGGAGAAGAGCUGGAGCUGGUGGAGAAAAGCUGUACCCACUCAGAGAAGACCAACAGGACCCUGAGCUAUCGGACUGGCUUGAAGAUCACCAGCCUUACCGAGGUUGUGUGUGGGUUAGACUUGUGCAACCAGGGCAACUCUGGCCGGGCUGUCACCUAUUCCCGAAGCCGUUACCUCGAAUGCAUUUCCUGUGGUUCAUCAGACAUGAGCUGUGAGAGGGGCCGGCACCAGAGCCUGCAGUGCCGCAACCCUGAAGAACAGUGCCUGGAUGUGGUGACCCACUGGAUCCAGGAAGGUGAAGAAGGGCGUCCAAAGGAUGACCGCCACCUCCGUGGCUGUGGCUACCUUCCCGGCUGCCCGGGCUCCAAUGGUUUCCACAACAACGACACCUUCCACUUCCUGAAAUGCUGCAACACCACCAAAUGCAACGAGGGCCCAAUCCUGGAGCUUGAAAAUCUGCCGCAGAAUGGCCGCCAGUGUUACAGCUGCAAGGGGAACAGCACCCAUGGAUGCUCCUCUGAAGAGACUUUCCUCAUUGACUGCCGAGGCCCCAUGAAUCAAUGUCUGGUAGCCACCGGCACUCACGAACCGAAAAACCAAAGCUAUAUGGUAAGAGGCUGUGCAACCGCCUCAAUGUGCCAACAUGCCCACCUGGGUGACGCCUUCAGCAUGAACCACAUUGAUGUCUCCUGCUGUACUAAAAGUGGCUGUAACCACCCAGACCUGGAUGUCCAGUACCGCAGCGGGGCUGCUCCUCAGCCUGGCCCUGCCCAUCUCAGCCUCACCAUCACCCUGCUAAUGACGGCCAGACUGUGGGGAGGCACUCUCCUCUGGACCUAAACCUGAAAUCCCCCUCUC